CACACACACACACACACACACACACACAAAGCUAGGAGCGAGUCUCGUUUGUGCAGGUUCAUAUUUAAAGGAGGCAGGAAUGAGACAUUAAAACAUCGAAAAAGAAGAAGUUUGUGGAUCAAAGUCAUGAAAGAGCCACACUUUGAAGAAGCUGCUUUAAGGUGAAGAUAAAGGUAAUAAACAACAACAAGCAGAAAACAGCAACAAGAAUGUCUUCUCGCGAGUUUCUGAGACGUCUCUCUGAAGAGGAGCGAGAGUUGUAUGAAAAAAAAGUAGCAGCUGCAGAGUUUUACCGACGCAACAGAAUCCCGGAGGAGAUCGAGAAAGUUCUGAAUCAGCUGUUCCUGCUGCAGCCCGCGGACAUUCAUGGAUACAUGGCAAAUUACUUUGCAAACCUCUCUGCUCCACCAAGGAUCAACAGGCUGAAGGGCUGGGAGGUUUAUGAUACAAGAGGACAACUGUCCGUUGAGGUGGAGGUCUUCUGCAUCAUCCAAAACAAAGAACAGAGCAUGUGCUCAGCUUCUGUCUCGAGCUGCUUUGGGCUCAAGGAGACUUCAGAGGACUGGAGAGCAAAGGCUGACCACGUGAUGACUGCUGUUCAGUGGAUCAAGGAACCUCUGAACUGCAUGCUGAAGGACCAGAACCCCUGUGACCAAUCACAAGUGGACCAGACACUCAGCAAUUUCAUCAAAGCACGCUACCAGGAGGAGGAGGACAGACAGAAGAAGAAGAAGGAGGAGGAGGAGGAGGAGGAGAAGGAGGAGUGUGGUUCAGCCAGCAGCUCAGAGGUGCUGUUUCCGCCUUCACCACCUGCUGCACCAGCUAAAGACAAAAAGAGUGCUGACAAGGGUAAAAAGAAUAGCGUUGUAGAGAAGCCGUUGCCUCCAGCUGAACCACCGGAGCCAGUUCUUCCUGGGAGUUUGGCCAUCGGGUCACUUUCUCUGGCUGUUGCUAAAACUGGGGCCAAAUUAAAAGACGUCCCUCUCUACAGAUAUAUAGCAGCUCUGAGGGAGCCAGAGUCUCCAGCUCAGUUUCACAUCCCCACCUGCUUGGUGACUCUGCUGAGCUGUGGGAAGACGUCUCCUGGAAAACUGAGUUUAAUGGAGGAAGUCAUCCUGAUUCCAAAAGUGGGACAACGAGUCAAACAGAUCAUCACAAUGACCUCUGAGUUGCAGAAGGAGAUGAUGAGAAUAAUGAACACUUCAACUAAAGCCGGGGCCGCUCACGUUGCUCUGCAUGAGAGUGGAGCACCGGCUGUGAGCUUCGAGAGACCCGAGCAGCCUCUGGAGCUCAUCGCUGAAGCCUGUGCUAACCUUGGACUGGAGCUGGGUAAAGACUUCCAUUUAGCAGUGAACUGUGCUGCUCGUCAACUCGUGGACUAUUCUAAAGGGAAGUAUGAAGUGUCAGCAGGAGUUUUAAAGUCUCCAGAUGAAUUAGUGGACAUGUACCAUGUGCUCAUCAGCAAAAACCCAGCUGUGGUGGCUUUAAUCGACCCCAUCAGGAAAGAGGACAAAGAUCAGUGGGAGAAGCUGAGAAACGUCAUAGGAAACACGUGUUCACUGCUCUGCGACACCACGUACGAGUCAAAGGCUCCGCCCCCUCCUGGAGUCACAGGGCACAUAUUAAAACACGUCCACGACAUAACAGUCAGCGACUUGGUCCGCAUCACUUCAGAGCGCCGAGGUUCAGUGUUGAUGGGACCAGCUGUGAGC